GCCAAUGGGAAGGCUCUAUACUGCGGGGCGUGCGGGGCCGGUGCGGCUUCCUAGUCGCGAGUCGGCGAGAGCGGCGGGAAGUUCGUCCUGCGCGGAAGGCGCCGGCUCUGCUCGUCCGGGGCUGUUUCUUUGCUGCAGUGCCUUCUGCGGAGUGGAGAACGUCUGUGCGGCCUUGCAGACCAGACCUGGAGCGGAGUCUCGCCAUCCUACUCACAUGAAAAUGCCGCGGGUCAAGGCAGCACCAGGUGGGCGGCCAGGGCCUGCGAAGAGACAUCUUGCAGUGCAUUUUACCGCUGGAGAGAUCCUCACUGACAUGACGAAGAAGGAGUGGAAGCUGGGCCUGCCCAUUGGCCAGGGCGGCUUUGGGUGCAUCUAUCUGGCCGAUAUGAAUUCUUCAAAAUCUGUUGGCAGCGAUGCACCCUGUGUUGUAAAAGUGGAACCUAGCGAUAAUGGACCUCUUUUUACCGAAUUAAAAUUCUACCAACGGGCUGCGAAAGCAGAGCAAAUUCAGAAGUGGAUUCGUGCCCAUAAACUGAAGUACCUGGGUGUCCCCAAGUAUUGGGGUUCUGGCUUGCACGACAAAAAUGGAAAGAGUUACAGGUUUAUGAUAAUGGAUCGCUUUGGGAGUGACCUUCAGAAAAUAUAUGAAGCAAAUGCCAAAAGAUUUUCUCGGAAAACUGUCUUGCAGCUAAGCUUAAGAAUUCUGGAUAUUCUGGAGUAUAUUCAUGAGCAUGAGUAUGUGCACGGAGACAUCAAGGCUUCGAAUCUUCUCCUGAGUAUCAAGAACCCCGACCAGGUGUACUUGGUUGACUAUGGUCUUGCGUAUCGCUACUGCCCUGAGGGAAUCCAUAAAGAGUACAGAGAGGACCCCAAGAGAUGCCAUGAUGGUACCCUCGAGUUCACCAGCAUCGACGCGCACAAUGGCGUGGCCCCAUCAAGACGUGGUGAUUUGGAAAUACUUGGUUAUUGCAUGAUCCAGUGGCUUAGCGGCCACCUUCCUUGGGAGGAUAAUUUGAAAGACCCAAACUAUGUUAGAGAUUCCAAAAUCAGAUACAGAGAAAAUAUCCCAAGUCUGAUGGACAGGUGUUUUCCUGAGAAAAACAAACCAGGUGAAAUUGCUAAAUACUUGGAAACAGUGAAAUUGCUGGACUAUGCUGACAAACCUCUCUACCAAAAUCUGCGAGAUAUUCUUUUGCAAGGAUUAAAAGCCAUCGGCAGUACGGAUGACGGCAAACUGGAUCUUAGGCCUGCGGAGAAUGGAGGCCUGCAAGCCAAAACCACAUCAAAGAAGAGGAAGAAAGAGAAGGAGCCAAUGGUCGAGUCUCCUGGGGAGGAUGCAAGUGGCUCAGAGGCACAGAUGGAGGAGGCCAUGCAGACCCGUUCAAAAACCAGAAAGAGAGUCCGGAAGUAAAGCCAAUGCCCUGAACCUCUUUUCUUUUCUUUUCUUUUCUUUUUUUUUUUUUUCUCCCUUUCAUUUGACUUUUUUCUAUUGACAGUAUUUUAUUUUCAUGGGAGUCUCGUGGGGUAAGGGUUGCAGUGAAAUCUUUGGAAAACAAUUUUAAAAUGGAAAUAAAUACUUUGUACAUUUUAUUAAAGACUAAUUAAUGAAACUGGAAAAAUCUUUAGCUUCUACCCUGGAAGCCCUCCCACUCAGGCUGUAUAUAUAUUUGUUUCUGGAGAACAUCUGAGAAAAAUGACUAUGGCUUGCACUACUCUAAUUGUUGUGUGUUUCCCAGAGUAUGUUUAAAAAAAUGCUUGGCAUCAUCUGAAGAAAAUCUCGCACAUAAAAUAAAAGUCUCUUUU